UCCCAAAUAAAAAGCUAAUCGGUAAUCGCCUUAUGCAAGCUUUUAAGGAAUUUGCAAUUUUAUCCCUUGUGCAGAAACUAAGACUUCUGUCACUGAGAAGCUAAGAGCGGUGCAGGACCAAGUUCAUGAAUAACAGGUUAAAGAUGACAAUGACAUCCAGGGGAAAUACCACAGCAUAUCUGUUCUUAUUAUUUGCAGUAUUCCUUUCAUGUAGAGUUGGUCAUGGGGGCAGGAUUUUGAUCGUUCCUUUGGAGGGCAGCCACUGGGUAAACAUGGACAUUAUGAUUCGAGCUCUCCACUCUCAUGGACACUCUAUUGAUGUACUAAGAACCAGUAAAAGCUGGUACAUCAAGGAUGACUCCCAAAACUACAAAACCAUCACAGUUCGUGUUGCCAAGGCUUUUAAUCAUGAUUUCAUCAACCCAAUCCUUAGAAAGAUUUUUGCAUUGGAGAGAGGGGAGAGCUCUGUAAUGAACUUCAUGCAUUUGCAGAUUGAAAUGUUUAAUGCUAUGUUCGACAUGCAUGGAAUGAUGUGCAAGAUGGCUAGCACUAUGUUGGAUGAUAAAACAUUUAUGAAUAGUUUAAAGGUAAGAAAGUAUGACCUGGUCCUGACUGAUCCUGCAUGGGGAGCUGGCAUCAUAUUAGCUCACGCUCUCAAACUACCUCUAGUCUAUAACGUGAGAUGGGUUACCAGUGGUGAGGGCCACUUAGCCCUUGCACCUUCUCCUUUAUCUUACGUCCCAAUGACUGGCUCAGGGUUGACAGACAAAAUGACUUUCAUGCAGAGAAUCAAAAAUCUCCUUUUCUACACUCUCUGGGAAGCUCAGGACAUAUUUUUGAUCAGUCCUCAGUACCAAGCCGUCUGUGAUAAAUUCUUUGGCCCAGAGGUUAGAUACAGUGACUUGUUACGGGGAGCUGACCUGUGGCUCAUGAGAGUGGACUUUGUUUUUGAAUUCCCCCGUCCCACCAUGCCAAAUGCCAUCUACAUAGGGGGCUUUCAGUGUGAACCCCCUCAGCCUCUUCCUGAGAACUUGGAGGAGUUUGUGCAGAGCUCUGGCGAGCAUGGAGUCAUCAUCAUGUCUCUUGGGACCUUUGUGAGUGAACUCCCUUUAGACAUGACAAACAAAAUUGCUGAAGCGUUUGGUCACUUACCCCAGAAAGUCAUCUGGAGCUAUAAAGGUAGCAAACCGACCACUCUGGGAAAAAAUACUUUACUGGUUGACUGGAUGCCACAAAAGGACCUUUUAGGACAUCCAAAGGUGAAACUAUUUGUUGCUCAUGGAGGAACAAAUGGAGUCCAGGAGGCCAUUUAUCAUGGAGUACCAGUAGUGGGUUUACCCGUGUUUUAUGACCAGUAUGACAAUCUGGUCCGUCUGCAAGAAAGAGGAGCGGCUAAGAUCGUUACAUUAGCUACUGUAGACAAAGAAGACACAUUUCUGAAAACUGUCAAAGAAGUCCUGACUGUACCCUCCUACAGGAUGAACAUGCAGAGACUCUCCAGACUGCACAGGGAUCAACCACUGAAGCCAAUCCAUUCCGCCCUCUUCUGGAUAGAGUUUGUAAUGAGACACAAAGGCGCUGCUCACCUGAGGACCGAGUCCUACAGACUGCCCUGGUAUUCCUACUACUCUGUAGAUGUUGUCUUGUUCUUCCUGUCUGUUGUUGCAGUGAUUACAUUCUCAAUUGCUACAACUUUCAGGUUGAUGUGUCUUGCAAAACGCCUGAACGAAAAAACUAAUUAAGGAAAAAAACAUGUUGGUCAUUGACAUAAUUUUACUUUAUUGCAGACUGGAUGUUUGUUUCGUUUCCAAAUUACAUUUGUUUUAAACUGACCAUGUAAUGACUGUUGUCCUUUACUGCACUGUGACACAUCAGAUGGACAGUAAACCUUCUCAUUACAGUGUGGCUACAAUGAAAACAAAGUUUGCAACAACCGGCAAAAAAUGCUGUCUGUCUUAAGGGGUAAUUAAAUAAAUAAUGCCUGAGUGUAAUCAGCCUUUCAGUAUAAGUGAAAUGUUUCUUACAUCGUUGUGUGGAGCAAAGUCACAUCAUUUUGCACCGUAGAAGAUUUCAGGUUUUGGGCGACACCUGCUGGUUAGUCUUGAAAUAUAAAGUUCUCUGAUAUAAACCUCUUGUAAACUUUUCCUACUUUUGAACUGUCCA